UUCUGAGUUUGUUGUGGUCUCAGAGGAGGUGGUUUUUUUAAAGCUGGAACUGUUGAACUCCUUCAGAGAAAUGGCCAGUGAACCAGAGAGAAGAGGCUCGAGUCAGGUGUAUGAGUACACUGAAGGGAAUGGUUACCCCGGUGACCAGCAGUCACUGAGGUUACGACGUGCCUCGUCUCGAGUGUCCAACGAGAAUUACCCUCAGUUCAACUGGAACUCAGCCCCCGCAGAGGAAGAUGAAGAGGGCAAUAGUGGACCACCCCGGGACCUCAGGAGCAUCCCUCUGCCCAUGGCUCUGAAAAGAGCUGUGAGGGAGGUGCAGCAAAUGCAGGUGCCUGUGGUUUCCAGCAUGGAGUCCUGGAAACGGAAAAAGACCAAAUAUCUGCUUAAAGUCAAAGACAACGCCAGAGAAUUUCUCUACUUUUUCAUACCGUGGCACAAGUCUUUGCAAAAAAUUGGAGGGAACUUUGGAGGCGGUGUCCAGUCUUACUUUUUGUUCUUGCGAUUCUUAGUGGUGCUCAAUUUUGUUUCCUUUUCACUCCUUGCUGGAUUUGUCCUCAUCCCCAGCAUUGUCUUCAGAUCUGUUGGGUCCAGCUUCGUUAACAGCACCGGUCCAGAGGAAUGCAUGGAUUAUGACCCUAAUCCUCAAAGCUUGGUGGUGUUCUAUAAUUAUUUCCUUGACUUACUUUCGGGAACGGGUUUUAUGGAGUAUUCAUACCUGUUUUACGGCUACUACAACAACACAAUGGUGGUGGACAGCAACUUCUCCUACAACAUCCCCCUGGCCUACCUCUUCACUGCUGUAUUCUACUUUGCCUUUUGUCUCAUUUGUAUCAUAGCACGCAUGGGGACUGCAGCUCGAGUUGCUGUGGCAACGGGAGGCAGCACUGUGGGCAACUACAGCAUGAUAGUGUUCACCGGCUGGGACUACGGUUGCCUGGGAGACCGAGCUACCAGACUGAAGCAGAAAAACAUCCACUACCGGCUGCAGGUGGAUCUGGAGGAAGAGAGAAUAAAGAAACGGGCAGCUGCUCUGACUUUAUUGCAAAAAAUUGUUUUAUACUCUCUACGCAUAUGUAUGUGUUUUGUUGCAUUCGGGCUCAUCAUAGCAGCCUUCUACGCCAUCUUUUUGGCCACCAACUUAAGUCAGGAACGGAGUGGGGAGCAAGGGAUCCUGGGAUUGAUUUUUGAGUAUCUUCCCUCCAUUGUUAUCACCACUGGAAACUUCCUGGUGCCUCUGCUGUGUGACCAGAUUGCCUUGAUAGAGAAAUACGCCCCCAGCACUACCGUCAUAGUGGCCCUAUUAAGGUCAGUGUUCCUGCGUCUGGUGAGUCUGGGUGUUCUCCUCUUCACCUUGUGGCGUCAGAUCACCUGCGAGGGAGACACAAAUAGUAAUGCUUGUAAAUUGUGCGAGUACAACCAUGAAAUCUACCCGUGCUGGGAAACACGUGUGGGGCAGGAGAUGUACAAGCUGACACUGUUUGACCUCCUCAUCAACAUCGCUGUGCUCGUCCUGGUGGAGUUUCCACGCAGGUUGGUGGUGGACAACUGGUCCAGUAAGCUGGCUCAGUGGGUGGGUCGACAGGAGUUUGUGGUUCCUUCCAAUGUGCUUGGGGUGGUUUAUGGUCAGACUGUGGUUUGGACAGGCGCUCUUUUUUGCCCUCUGCUGCCACUCAUCAACGCCAUCAAGUUUGUCAUCAUCUUCUACUGCAAGAAGAUCACGCUCUUUUAUAAUUGUCGACCAGCGCUGAAGACGUUUCGCUCCACCACCUCCACUUUCUUUUUCCUCGUUGUACUCCUGUUUGGCUGGGGCCUGGCCACAGUUGUCAUGAUUUACAGUCUGGCUGAGAUCCAUCCGUCGAUGGGUUGCGGCCCUUUCCGUUUCUUCCCGAACAUGUGGUCAAUUGUUCCAGCCUCUUUCUACAGCCUCUCUGAAACCACACAGGAGUUUCUCUUCUUCAUUGGCUCACAGGCAUUCUCCAUCCCUCUGUUUGCAUUAUCAGGUGUGGUGAUGUGCUAUUUCAUAGCCUUAGCCUCUGUCUAUGGGAACAGUGUUGCUCUGCUAAGAGCGCAGCUAAAACUGGAGGGUCGUGACAAGCAGUUCCUGGUCAAGCAGAUUGAGGUCCUCAGUCAGCAGCUUCAGCAUAAUGCAGGAGUACAUGACUGAACAUGUGGAACAUGUUUGGUUUCUUCAGCCUCCUUUAUUAACUUAAAGUUCCCCUCUGCUCCAAAAUGGGUUUUGGUCAUUGUUAGUUUUUUUGUAUGUUUGACCCUCAAUGUACAGAAUAAUGUAUGUUCAGAGUUUGAUGCUGGAUGUUGGA